AUGUCAGACCAUACCGUCACCCUGGUGCUCAAGAAUCGCAAGUAUGAACCACCCGCCUGCCUGCUGAUGGAGACCGGAUUCACGUCUGGCGGCGACUCCCUUCCCGUCCCCCGCCUAGCCCUCACCGAGGUGCACUACACCCAACAAGACACCAGCAUGAACAGCAAGAUCUGGGAACUAUUCCCCAUCUUCGGUCCAUCCGAGAUUGAAGCCGCCUUUUCCUCAAUGCUUGCGAUGUCUGUGGCUCUCUUUACCGACGAAGAGACAUUUGAUCGCCCUCGCCUCAUCUCGACUUUCACCGACCUCCACUAUGCACAUCAUGCUCAGCAACUCGGGUUUCUUCUCCAGCUCGACCGAGUGCUCGACCGUAUCGGUGGCAAGGCCACUCCCGGCUUGGACUGGGCGGGACUCAAAGCACGCAAGACCGGCCUUGCUAUUGAGGCCCUCCCCGACCUGAUCGAACGUCUCGGGAUCAUGAAAGAUACCGCCAAUAAGCUCUAUGGCGAAGGCAAGUUGAUGGCGGCAAUGCAAAUGUACCGCGACGCACUCGUCCAGAUGUACCCGUGGAAUGCCACCGCUCUGCUCUUCACCUCGACCGAUGCGGUCAAGUAUGGUAUUGCUCAACUUGAGGGUGCACUGUGGAGUAACAUUUCUGUCACCGCUCUCAAGAUUGGCCGCCACUUGCUCCCCGACUCUCACCACGCGUUCGGAAUUGCCUGGAGCGCUGCCGAAAUCAUUGGUAGCAUGCGCUACGUGUCUUAUCGCACCCUCGCCAGAGCCUGGAAUCGCGGCGGUGAGGCUAGACUCGAACUCGCUCGUUUCCCCCAGCAGGCUCUCGAGCAGGAGUUCCUUGGCGGCGGCAACAACAACAACCAGCAGCAGCAGCAGUCUGGCGGCGCUGCCAGCCUCAUUGGCGAAUUCAUGGGCGGCGGUAACAACAACAACCAGCAGCAGCAGCAGCAGUCUGGCGGUGGCCUCGCCGGUCUCGCGGGCAACUUCAUGCAGGGCGGCGCCCAGGGCAUGGAGGGCCAAGCUGUCAUGAACGCCAUGGAGGGCAACGAGGUCAAGGCCGCCGAGGACUUUGCCCUCUACGAGGUCGAGAAGCGCUUCUAA